CAGGCGCACGAAGACAGCCCCUCAGCUGCUGCCGUUAGAGGCCCGCGUGGCCUGAGGAGCCUGAGGGCCUGCUGGGUCCUGGGCUCCUUGAACCUUCAGUGAUGCUUGCCCGGCAGUGUCUGGUGACCUGGCCCUGAGGACACUACCCCAGAGAUCUGCCUCUUGAUCCGGGCACUGGCAGAAGGACCUGGACGGGGUGCUGGAGGAAGUCUCCUGGGCGAGAGGACCAUCCAGCGCGGGGACUCUGCCGCGUGAGCCUGAGCCUGGACCUGGACCUGAAAGGGCGUAACUCGAUCCUUAGGACCUUGAACAAUGAAGGAAGUUUGUUAAUAAAAAUUUCACCAAAGAUUAGAAGCAUAAUCAUCUAAAGGAAAUGCUGGUAGUAUGGCUCGAUGUGUAUGUUCAAAACUCUCUGCAGCAGAUAGUCUUACUCUAGGGGCUGUCCAGAUUAUGAUUGGCAUAUUUCAUGUUUUCAUGUGGUAUUUCCUAUUGAUUUUGUAUAUGGGACAAAUUAGAGGAGUCUUUGGGACGUAUGAACCUAUAACUUACAAAGCAGGAUGUUCUUUAUGGGGAGUUAUUUUUAUCAUUACAGGAGUCUCCAUAAUAAGAGCAGUAAGGCAUCAGACUCAAGGCGUGAUUACAUUUGCUUUUAUCAUGAACAUCUUCUGCAUAAUUGUUGCAGUUAUUGCAUCAAUUCUAACAGCCAUUGAGUUGUCUUCUUUUAAUUCCGUGUCCUAUAGGAAUUAUGGACAAGCAAAACUUGGAAGGGAAGUUUCACGGAUUUUACUGAUAUCUUACCCCUUGGAAUUUUCUAUUGCAUUAACUUACUCAAUCUUUGGCUGUCUUGAUUUGAGUCAUCAUCAUGAUGAAGAUACUCUCACAGCUGUUACAGAGGAAGCUGAGAGCACUUUUUAAAAACCUUAGAAAUGUGAGAUUUCUCCUGGUGCUCAUUCCUGACGUGGGCCCUAAUGAUAUCUCUGCAUAACAAGGCUGCUACAAAGCCCACAGAUUUUGUGCAAAAGAAAAUACAAACAAGUUGGAUUUUUCUUCUUGGUAUUCAAGAAAUUUCUCUGCACAUAUUUUUGUAGGCUCCAAGUAGAAAGCUUUUCCCUACUUAAAUAUAUUAUUACAAGGAGAAAUUUAUUUUCUAGGUACUCUGUACCUGUCAACUCUGUAACUCUAAAGCUGUCAACUCUCCCUAAUAGAGCUUUUGCAAAAGACCAUAAAAAAGAUUUGUGAUUGUCUCUAGAGGACAGGCAAAAUGUCUCUAGAGUACAGGCAGUAAAGACUUAGAGCACAAUACUGUGUAAUUCCCAGGAAAACUUUAAAUAAUUUAUGCCCCUACAAGUGAAGAGUACAUUUCAGAAUGAGUUCUUCUACCUGAACUAGCUUCUACCUGAACAAAGUACAAAUCAAAAGUCAUCCAACUCAUAAUCCUUUCAUUGUUCUUCUUUGACUACUCCUCUCCUCAUUAAAGUUCCUUUCUGCCGUGAAAGUCUCUACUGUCUUCCUUCCCUUUCAUUUCCCUUGCUUAUUACUUCUUA